AUGGCUACGCAAAUGUGCUGUACUAUAAAAAUGAAAGUAGUUACACUGAAUACAAAAUUACAAACCUCAACGCUUUUUGACAAACGUCGCCUGUUCCACAUCACCGAUCGUUCAAAUGGUCUACGUUUCUUCGUAGAUACGGGAGCUGAAGUUAGUGUGCUAGCACAUAAGAAUCCACUUCCCGAUUCUGCUUCUUUCUCCUCACAAGCCGCCAACGGCACCCGCAUCGCUACAUACGGCGAACGUUCCCUCACCCUUGACCUCGGAUUGCGACGUGCGUUCAAGUGGAUCUUCAUUUUGGCCGACGUCCAAAAACCUAUCAUCGGAGCAGAUUUCCUGACCCAUUACAAUCUUUCUGUCGACGUGCGACACAAACGUCUCUUAGACACUUGCCGUAACGACCGUUUCAAAUUCUUGAGCAACGNUCGUUUUUUGUUUAAAUUCGAAAAACUACAAAAACGCUUACUUCUCACUUAUCUGCGGACUCACAUUUGGGACGAGCCUGAAGAACAUACCCGCACAGUGAGCACCGGGUUUUCAGGUGCCCGGUCUCCAUUGGAGUUCCUCAAGGCUCCGUCUUGGGACCAGUGCUGUUUCGUAUCCACGUCAACGACCUCCCAGACGUUCUUGCGAGACCAAUGUAUACUUUUAGCGGACGACUUGAAAUCCUGGAGUUCCGAUGUCAGUGCUCUCCAAAUGGAUGUGGACGCUGCCAGGCAGUGGUCGUUGGACUGGCACCUUCCUCUGAAUGAUGAAAAGUGCGUCCAUAUGUCGUUUGGAGGGGAUUCAGCGAAUGCCUUUGUUAUGCAUGCGAGCAUUCUGCCCCGCGCUGAGAACAUAAAGAGCAGUGCUACACCCUUUUUUCACUUGUGCCUUUCAGGUGAACGACAGCCACUGACCGACAAGAACAAAACCGACCCGUGA